GCUUACAUCCGCCGUUUGCAAGCAACAAGUCCGGUUGCGUUUCCUCACGUUUCACUUUCUUCCCUGUCAAGAAGCUCCUUGAGUCGUCUCUCCUUCUUCCUUUGGACAAGAUUCGAACACACAUCUCGCUCCGCUUCCGAGCAGCCCCGUCUCAUUGGUGUCGUCCCAUCAGCAAACCUCAUCAACCUGCGAAAGCUGCUAGUGCCAGGUCUCCAAGAUAAACAGAUAAACUCCCCUCACCCACACUUCACCCCGGCGCGAUCCUCGAAACAAACUCCUACCCUCAUCUAUGCGAGAUCUCUCGGGCCGCUAGUCGAAACGUUAAACGAGUGGGUAUCGCGGUCCUAUAUUUCAACGCCAACCUCCCCGUCGGGGACGUUCGUCUCGUCCCAUUGCGUGUCUGCUGGCUGCUGCGUGCCUACGAAGUAUCUGCCCAGUCGUUGCGUUGCGCGGUCGCUGUCCGAGUGGUUGGGUCACGUCGAUCAUUAA